AUGCCGGUGCAAAUUUUAAUUUUAAUCUAUCUAUCUAUCUAUCUAUCUAUCUAUCUAUCUAUCUAUCUAUCUAUCUAUCUAUCCGGCUUUCUCCCUCUAUAUUUUACUUCAAAUGAAAUGGCAUUUCCUCUGAAAUUUCUCAGUUAUCCAUUAUUUUAUUUGAUAUGUUACAUACAUAUAUUCAUUCUCAUUAAAAGUAAACUAUCUCAGUCUAUUCACAUCUAUCUAUCUAUCUAUCUAUCUAUCUAUCUAUCUAUCUAUCUCAGUCUAUUCACAUCUAUCUAUCUAUCUAUCUAUCUAUCUAUCUAUCUAAGUCUAUUCACAUCUAUCUAUCUAUCUAAUCUAUUCACAUCUAUCUAUCUAUCUAUCUAUCUAUCUCAGUCUAUUCACAUCUAUCUAUCUAUCUAUCUAUCUAUCUAUCUAUCUAUCUAUCUAUCUAACUAUCUCAGUCUAUUCACAUCUAUCUAUCUAUCUAUCUAUCUAAGUCUAUUCACAUCUAUCUAUCUAUCUAUCUAUCUAUCUAUCUAUCUAUCUAUCUAUCUAUCUAUCUAUCUAUCUAAGUCUAUUCACAUCUAUCUAUCUAUCUAUCUCAGUCUAUUCACAUCUAUCUAUCUAUCUAUCUAUCUAUCUAUCUAUCUAUCUAUUUGUAUGAUACCCUUUCUCUCUCUAUCUCUCUUUAUCUAUCUAUCUAUCUAUCUAUCUAUCUAUCUAUCUAUCUAUCUAUCUAUCUAUCAGUCCUUCCAUAUUUACUCAGUCACAUAUUAUCUUUCACGCUAUCUCAAUCUAUCUAUCUAUCUAUCUAUCUAUCUAUCUAUCUAUAUAUAUAUAUAUAUAUAUAUAUCGACUCUCCCUUUCUCUCCCUCCCUAUCUAUCUAUCUAUCUAUCUAUCUAUCUAUCUAUCUAUCUAUCUAUCUAUCUAUCAGUCCUUCCAUAUUUACUCAGUCACAUAUUAUCUUUCACGCUAUCUCAAUCUUUUCAUAUCUAUCUAUCUAUCUAUCUAUCUAUCUAUCUAUCUAUCUAUCUAUAUAUAUAUAUAUAUAUAUAUAUUAUGCCCAGCGACUCUCCCUUUCUCUCCCUCCCUAUCUAUCUAUCUAUCUAUCUAUCUAUCUAUCUAUCUAUCUAUCUAUCUAUCUCAGUUUUGUUCAUAGUCUCAUAAACCAUUACUUCUCGAGUGAGUUGUAUAUUUCUUUCAUACACCAAACGCAUGGCUUUAUGUCUUACUAA